CGCACCGCCCACCCACUUCCGGAACCGCCGAACAACAUGGCGGCGCCCGAGGAGCAUAGUUCCUCAACAGAAGCGCCCCAGCCAGCGUUGGAGGAGGAAGAAGCUAAAACAUUUAAAGACCUGGGUGUGACAGAUGUGUUGUGUGAAGCUUGUGACCAGUUGGGAUGGACGAAGCCCACCAAAAUCCAGAUUGAAGCUAUUCCUUUGGCCUUAGAAGGUCGUGAUAUCAUUGGGCUGGCAGAAACUGGCUCUGGAAAAACGGGGGCCUUUGCUUUGCCUAUUCUGAAUGCGCUGCUGGAGACGCCCCAGCGUUUGUUUGCUUUAGUUCUCACUCCCACCCGAGAGCUGGCCUUCCAGAUUUCUGAGCAGUUUGAAGCCCUGGGGUCAUCUAUUGGAGUGCAGAGUGCUGUGAUUGUAGGUGGAAUUGAUUCAAUGUCCCAAUCCCUGGCCCUGGCAAAAAAACCACAUAUAAUAAUAGCAACUCCUGGUCGACUGAUUGACCACUUGGAAAAUACAAAAGGUUUCAACUUAAGAGCUCUCAAAUACUUGGUCAUGGAUGAAGCAGACAGAAUAUUGAAUAUGGAUUUUGAGACAGAGGUCGACAAGAUUCUCAAAGUGAUUCCCCGAGAUCGGAAAACAUUUCUGUUCUCUGCUACCAUGACCAAGAAGGUGCAAAAACUUCAGCGAGCAGCACUAAAGAAUCCUGUGAAAUGUGCUGUUUCCUCUAAAUACCAGACAGUUGAGAAAUUACAGCAAUAUUACAUUUUUAUUCCCUCAAAAUUCAAGGAUACCUACCUGGUUUAUAUUCUAAAUGAAUUGGCUGGAAACUCCUUUAUGAUAUUCUGCAGCACCUGUAACAAUACUCAGAGAACAGCCUUGCUACUCCGAAAUCUUGGAUUUACUGCCAUCCCCCUCCAUGGACAGAUGAGUCAGAGCAAGCGUCUUGGAUCCCUCAAUAAGUUUAAGGCAAAGGCUCGUUCCAUUCUUCUGGCCACUGAUGUUGCAAGCCGAGGUUUGGACAUACCUCAUGUGGAUGUUGUGGUCAACUUUGACAUUCCUACCCAUUCCAAGGAUUACAUCCAUCGAGUAGGUCGAACAGCUCGAGCUGGGCGCUCUGGAAAGGCUAUUACCUUUGUCACCCAGUAUGAUGUGGAGCUCUUCCAGCGCAUAGAACACCUAAUUGGGAAGAAACUGCCUGUCUUUCCAACACAGGAUGACGAGGUUAUGAUGCUGACAGAACGUGUGACUGAAGCCCAAAGAUUUGCCCGAAUGGAGUUAAGGGAGCACGGAGAGAAGAAGAAACGUGCACGGGAGGAUGCUGAGGACAACGAUGAUACGGAGGGCGCUAUUGGGGUCAGGAACAAGGUGGCUGGAGGAAGAAUGAAGAAACGGAAAGGCCGCUAAUCUCUUUGAUAGAGACUUGAUUUCUGCUCCGUUUUGUAAAAAGGGGAUUGAAGAAGAGAAAGAAGCCUCCAACAGAGUUCUUCAGACUGAAAUCUGAGAAUUACGUCCGGAAUCCACUCAGCUAAUUCCGUAGUUAUCCCCCUCUCUGUGUGCUGGAGUGCCAGUGGCGCAGAACAUUGCUCCCAGUGCUCAUGGCGGGUCAUUACUGUUUUCAGCUUUGGUUCUGGCUCGUGCCGUGAGGAGGAUGUGUCCUUUGGUCCCUUCACACAGACCUUUCGCUUUUUUCAGCUUCAAGUCAAGGACCAGGUUGAUGAAGUACUUGACCUGUAAUUGUAAAGAAGCUCCUAUGUUUAUAAAAUGGUGAUACUUAAGCAAUUUCAGCUUGUGCUUAGUUAGACCUAAUGUGAAAUAAUAAAUUUAAAUAUUUUUAAAAUAUUCAGACUUAUUGAAGAUGUUUAUAGGUUAAAGGACUUAAUGUAUUUAAGUAAGAUCUUGCUCAUGGGUAAGGAGCUAACUGGCGGUUACAUGCCAAAUUCAUUGGGUGUCCUUAAUUUAAACAUUAUUUAUGACUUUAAAAGUCAGUCAGCAACGGAACAAGAUGAUGGGUAGCUUUGAAAGAAAUUCCAGCUAAAAGGUUGGUUAUGUUUUUCUUGUGGGUGGAGCAAAGUCCUUAAGUAAGACUGUACACCCUAAAUAGAUUCACUUCCUUGGCCUCUUGGAUUAAGCAGGUGGUUGGGAAGACUGGUUUCUUAUAUAGAGUCUUAUCUCCAGGUGACUCAAUUAAAAUCAGGGAACAUCGUGAAUAUAGGGGAAUUCCAAGACCCAAUUUCAUCACUUUUUAUUGGUGUCCAUUGGACACUGUUUCCUUUCUUUUGGCCUCAUCUAUUGGUUAGUUUCAUUCAGGAGAUGUGAAGCUGGGGCAUCAGCCGCUGGGAGGAAGUAGACAUUGGCACUGUCGGGAGUGGGUGGGUCAGGGGAGAGGCAAUGGAAAUCAGAAAUGACUUUGCGCUUCGAGUCGAGAACUGUCAUGUGCUCUGAGGGCUUUUAUACGUAGAAGGUAUCUAAUCAGUUUUGUUGAACGUAGCAAUUUUUUUAGAGUAUUGAGUGGCAGAACCAGAAUGAAGCAAUUCAAAUAGCUUCAGAUCAAGAAUGAGUUUUGGCAAAAAAAACUUUCCAUGUUCAUCUAAAUGAAAGUGAAUGGAUCAAAAUUGUGCUUCUUAGAGUCAAAGUGUCUGGUGAGAAGUGAAAAGUAAAUGUCAGUGAAAUUCUCUGUGGUUGUCAGAUGUGAGCUGUUGAUUACAGGAAGGUCUUUUGUAAAUACUGGUAGCAGGGUGCUUUCUACCACAAAUAUAUCCUAAGAUGGGUGCCUCUGGAUAAAACAUGUGGAGUUCAUUGAAAUAUAACUCAUGGCUUAUUUUGUUAAAUUUGCCUCAAAUUUCAUUGCUGCUCGUGGUGUGUUUAUGUGAAGGCUAAGUUAGAGGAGUCAGGAGGCAAUGAAAAAGGAAAGGAGAAAAAGGG